AUGCUGCUGCUCAAGAAACAGACGGAGGACAUCAGCAGCGUCUAUGAGAUCCGGGAGAAGCUCGGCUCGGGCGCUUUCUCCGAGGUGGUGCUGGCCCAGGAGCGGGGCUCCUCACACCUUGUCGCCCUCAAGUGCAUCCCCAAGAAGGCCCUUCGAGGCAAGGAGGCCCUGGUGGAGAACGAGAUCGCGGUGCUCCGCAGGGUCAGCCACCCCAACAUCGUGGCUCUGGAGGACGUCCACGAGAGCCCUUCCCACCUCUAUCUGGCCAUGGAGCUGGUGACGGGGGGCGAGCUGUUCGAUCGCAUCAUGGAGCGCGGCUCCUACACGGAGAAGGACGCCAGCCACCUGGUGGGCCAGGUCCUUGGUGCCGUCUCCUACCUGCACAGCCUGGGCAUCGUGCACCGAGACCUCAAGCCUGAAAACCUCCUCUAUGCCACGCCCUUCGAGGACUCCAAGAUCAUGGUCUCUGACUUUGGCCUCUCCAAAAUCCAGGCUGGCAACAUGCUAGGCACCGCCUGUGGGACCCCGGGCUAUGUGGCCCCGGAGCUCUUGGAGCAGAAACCCUACGGGAAGGCCGUAGAUGUGUGGGCCCUGGGUGUCAUCUCCUACAUCCUGCUGUGUGGGUACCCCCCCUUCUACGAUGAGAGCGACCCCGAACUCUUCAGCCAGAUCCUGAGGGCCAGCUACGAGUUUGACUCUCCCUUUUGGGAUGACAUCUCAGAAUCAGCCAAAGACUUCAUCCGGCACCUUCUGGAGCGAGAUCCCCAGAAAAGGUUCACCUGCCAGCAGGCCUUACAGCAUCUUUGGAUCUCCGGGGAUACAGCCUUUGACAAGGACAUCCUGGGCUCAGUCAGUGAGCAGAUCCAGAAGAAUUUUGCCCGGACCCACUGGAAGCGAGCGUUCAAUGCCACCUCCUUCCUGCGCCACAUCCGCAAGCUAGGGCAGAGCCCAGAGGGUGAGGAGGCCUCGGGACGGAGGGUGAUGAGCCACAGCCACCCGGGCCUCCACACUGGCCAGCCCCCCAAGUGGUGACCCCCAGGCUGAGUGCACGGACCCCCAGAUUCCCUUCCAAUGGACCCUUUCAGUCCCCCCCCACCUCCCCCUCCCGCCCCGGGGCACCUCUGCGGGAGAGCUUGAGCCCUGUGGGUGUGGUGCAGGGCGCUGGGGUGGGCGCUGCUGGGGCGCGUCCACAGACUUCCCUCCCCUGUCGCUGCCACACCCCCUCUAGAAACCAAGAGGCCCGGGGGCUGUCCUUCCCGUGCUGUUCUGUGCUUUGCUGACUGUGGGUGGUCCUGCUUGUGUCGUGGCCCUCCAGCCUCCCUCCAGUCUUCCCCAAAUCAAUAAAGACAGACAGAGCAAUGGGCAGUGGUGAGCCGCGGGGAGGGAUGAGGGCUGGGAAGGAAACCAAGGAGGCAGGCCACCUCG